AUGUCGGGGAAAGGAGAAUGCAGUGCGUGGGGUGGCAAAAGUGCCUGGGGACGGAAAGAGGAGGAUUGUGAACCGAUCGUUUCCUUUGUCGAAAUAAUGAGUGAAGAUCUGGCUGAGACUUUGAACGAAGAGGAACGUCGGAAGGAACAAGAGUUUCUACAAGCGAUUGCUGAAAGCGAAGCUACACCGGCAUACAACAAUGACGAGGAGAUGGCGAGAGAACUUCAGCGUCAGUUCGACCCCACUGUGACUGUAACUCCUGAUCGAUACUAUCCGAAAACAGCCCAGGAUUCUGAUAUUUCGAGUGACGACGAGGAUGCCAGACAGUUUGUUACCGAUCUACUCUAUGCUAAGUUAACCGAUGAUGCACCAACACACAGCAGCCCAGUGUUCCGUAACUCUGGAGGAGAUAUGGUCACGAAACACGAUGCCAAUGCUUCUGCCAGGCGAAAUGCUGAUAAAGCCAUGAAUGAUAAAGUCAAUCUGGCGUUUGGUGACAUGAACAAGGAGCAGAUCAACAGUCGCGUUUUCAACUCCCUUCCGAAACGCCCCGCCGUCCUGAACGCCCUCAACAAUGAAAGUGGUGAGAGCCAUUCCGCUACUACCCACCAGCCUGUAUACAGACACAGCCUCUCACAAGAAGUUCACAAAAUACGGCCUAAGUAUCCUCCGCCGUCUACCUUCCCAGUUACGAUUCAUGUGAUACGGGUGUUAUUAAGGUCAGAGUACGUGAAAGACGACUUUCGAUUCAAGAAUCCUCGUGGAGUGCUAAAGAUCUGGGCUGAACGCGAGUUCAUGAAUCUUUCCAGGUUUCUGCUUUUUUUUUCUUCGCUUGAGGCUCGGUUCAAACUAAAUUAA